ACAUGCAAGUCCAGUAUCAAAAUUUCUUGAAAACCGAAUUGAACUGAAUCGAUCAGACUCAAAACCAACGCCCAUACAGCCAAUGAGCAAGUCUUUUGUGAGGGCGCGCGAACUUCUCGCUGAGAAGAACUAAAAAAAACACCCAAUCGUUCGUUUUCUACGUUGAUUCCAUUAUGUCCGCAAGAUUAUCAGAUCCCUCACUUCUGUCUCUCCGAUACGUUUCUUAAAUUUUUCUCUCUGCCUGUGUCCCUUUGAAGGAAGUCUACUGUAUCGCAGUUGCUACUUCGAAACUCCUCGGCAAUCUGGAAAUGUCGAUUUCUAUCGCUUAGUUGUUGCAUUUUCAUUUUGAACAUAAAUUGAGCGACAUCAGCUUUAGACUCGAAACAUGGGGCCGAAGUGACAGAUAUCCGGGUGGACAUUUUGUGCCAUUUUGAUGGGAAUAGUUAACUAGGUAGGUGGUCGGCAAGGUGAAGUGAGGUCCCUGCAGACCGUACUGAUCAAGGGAUUGCAACAGUUCCCCAGUCAGCUAUGACACCAAACUGGAUAAUCAAUGUUUCAGAUAUAAGAACAGUUGAGGUCAGCAACAUUUCACCAGCUGUUUCUGAGAGAGAAAUCAGAGAAUUCUUUUCAUUUUCUGGUGAUAUUCAAUAUGUUGAAAUGCAAAGGGAAACAGAUGGGACCCGGCUUGCUUAUGUUACAUUCAAGGAUUCACAGGGAGCAGAUACAGCAGCACUACUGUCGGGAGCUACAAUAGCUGAUCUUUCCGUGUCUAUUACACUCGUUGAGAAUUAUAAUCUACCCCCUGAAGCUAUAUCACUGAGACUGGACAAAAGGCCAGUUGCCACUGGUUCUGUUGUUCAGAAGGCUGAGGAUGUGGUGAGCACCAUGCUUGCCAAGGGUUUUGUCUUGGGAAAGGAUGCCAUUAGCAAGGCUAAAGCCUUUGACGAACAACAUCACUUGACAUUAAAUGCAUCCGCCACAGUUGCAUCCAUUGAUCGUAAAAUGGGCCUGAGUGAGAAGCUAAGCAUUGGAACAGCUAUAGUCAAUGGAAAGGUGAGAGAGAUCGAUGAGCGGUUCCACGUAUCUGAGAAGACGAAGUCUGCCAUUUCUACUGCUGAACUUAAGGCAAUCAGUGCAGGAUCUGCAAUUAUGAGCAAUCAUUAUGUAUUAACCGGAGCUUCGUGGGUUUCAAAUGCAUAUAAUGCCGUUGCAAUGGCAGCUGAUGAUGUGACCAUGAUGACCAAGGAAAAGGUUGGAAAGGCCGAGGAGGAAAAAAGAGAGAUCAUUUACAGGGAAAGGACAGGGAUCGUCAAUCACUUUGCACAACUCCACCUUGAUGAGUCUUCUGCGUUGGAGCCUCCAAUAGUUCCAGUCAGCUCAGCCGAUGAUAAUAAGCUCGAAAUCAUAUGACUUCGGUGGAUUUUUUCUACUCCAGUAUAGUUGAACUACCUUUUUAAUUUGACGCGGAAUGUGCUUCAUCACGAAGAUUCUAUGACAUGGAUUUUGCUUCUGCAAAAGUAAAUAACAUUAAGUGUAGGUUUGGGGUUUCAGAUAAGACACAAAAUUAUCAUUUCAUCU